AGGACUCAGAAGCUUCAAUAAAAGGCAAAGUGCAUCUUCGCCGGAUGGUGUAGGAAAGGAGGAGAAAUCGGCAGCAGAAGAACACCACCUAAAAGGGUAACCUCGAGCGUCUCUGCUUCUUGGAACACUCUUAACACAGGCUUCCAGCCCAGCCCACCCAGAGCCGCCACCUCCCCGGCCUCUGCAGGACCUGCUCCUUCAUGAACUUGCCAAGAGCUGAGCGACUUCGCUCCACACCUCCGCGCAGCCUCCAGGGCUCCGAUAGGGAAGACGGUGCGAUCGAUAUCCUGGGAGAGGAGGAAGAUGAAGGAGAGGAGGAGGAAGAGGAAGACGAGGAACCGGAGGGAAGCCAGCGCCUUCUAGAGCAGCUGCACCAGCCGGAGCCGCAGAGGGCGCGGCGCGGCGCGGGCGCGGGUGCGCUUCCCGGAGAGCGCACCGAGAGCGGCGGCGGCGGCCCAAGCGACUCCUCCGAGUUUGGCCCCAAGUUCGGGGCACCGACGGGGUCUACGGCGGCCUCUGCGGGCGCCCCGCAGCCGGCGAAGCCCCCCUACUCAUACAUCGCGCUCAUCACCAUGGCCAUUCUGCAGAGCCCACACAAGCGCCUCACGCUCAGCGGCAUCUGCGCCUUCAUCAGUGGCCGCUUCCCUUACUACCGCCGCAAGUUCCCCGCCUGGCAGAACAGCAUCCGCCACAACCUCUCGCUCAACGACUGCUUCGUCAAAAUCCCCCGGGAGCCGGGACACCCUGGCAAGGGCAACUACUGGAGCCUGGACCCCGCCUCCCAGGACAUGUUCGACAACGGCAGCUUCCUUCGGCGCAGGAAGCGCUUCAAGCGCCACCACCCGCCUCCGGGAGCCCACCUGCACCACCCCUUCCCCCUGCCCGCUGCGCCCGCCGCCCUGCAUGCCCCCUACCCGGGUAUGCUGCUCGGGCCCCCGGCCCCGCCGCAGCCUGUCCCGGGGGCCUAUCCCGCCUCCACUCCCGGGAGCCGCCCGUGCGCGCUGCUGCAUCCUCAUCCCCUCCGCUACCUGCUGCUCUCUGCCCCGGCCGUAGGCAGCGUAGCUGAGGCGCCCAGGAAAGCGCAAGGCGCGGAUCUGGGGACCCCGGCGCCCUUCCGGCGCUGCUGCCCACGCUAGGCUCCCAGCCUUGGGAGGAGGGCAAGGGGCCGGCGUCGCGGCCGGCAGGCGGAUGCACCUCCUUCAGCAUCGAGAGUAUCCUGCAAGGGGUCCGGGGAGCUGGUACAGGCGCCGCGCAGAGUCUGCCCCCGACCCCGUGGGGUUACUGCCACCUGGUGCAGCGCCCGUCGUGCCUGCCGGACGAUUUUGCAGCAGCAGCAGCAGCAGCAGCAGCAGCAGCAGCAGCAGCAGCAGCAGCAGCAGCAGGACUCUGCCAGCGGCUGCGCUCCCAGCAAGGGCGCUCUGCUGGGCCGGCACCUGUCCGCCACCGCGGCGCUCCUGGGGUGUCAGCCUGGAGUAGAGGGCUCCAGGCUGACGUCGCUGGUCGCCCUUUCGGGCGGAGAGGGGACCUCACCGGCCUUUUGAAUAGCACCCACACCUGCCCGACUCCUUGGGGCGGACAGGGAGCCAACCUGGAGGGCGGAGCCGCCCGGGGUCACGCUCUCCUCGCCGCCUGCCCUGGCGCACUCCACCGUCCACAGCCGGGACCAAGAGUGUGUAUCUGCAUCCUUCUCAUCUCCAUCUCAUCACUCGGAAGUUCUGCCUACGACCCCCACUGACUCCUGGCUUGCAGUAGUUCGUUCCGAGGGUGUUCUGGAAAGUUCCCAAGCCCAACCCUUGGUAGCCGCCAUUCUCGAGCUUCCGAUUCAAUUGCCCUACGCUGCACCUGCAGCCUUCGCCCGCAGGGCCUACAUUCGUUCAUUUAUUCGAUCAACAAACGUCCGAGCGCCGGGUGCAGCCGCGGAUGAGCCCAGAGCCGACCCUGAGGCUCUCCCGCGCGCCCUGCAGGAGACGCCGUUUACUUCCUUCCCUUGGCCCCAGGCCAGACCAGCGGAGCCACGAACGUGGGUGACUGCGGGCCGGAUCCCGCCCAAGCCGGCCCCUAAGCUCCUAAUUAUUACCGAAUGA